AUGGCGAUUCAUCAUAAAGGGGAGGAAGAUGUUACGGCAAAGUCAGAAACACUAAAAUUCCCGCAAUUCGAAAUCAUCAACGCAACUGAUGCAAAUCAUAAUGAUCAUUAUUAUUUCUCAUCGAACCAUGAUCAUCUCAGCCAGAAAUCAACUGCUUAUAUAAUGAGAGAAUGGAAUAUACUCAAAGACAGCCUUCCUAAUUUCAUCUACGUUAGAGCUUUCGAGGGGAGAAUCGAUCUACUAACAGCUAUCCGAGUAAGUGUUAUUACUUCAAAACCUGAACCUACAUACUCAGACCAAUGUUGCUGUAUUUUGCCCACCUACUGGGGCUUCUGGAUGGAGAAGGAGUAUUUAACCUUCAACCAAGAUAUGUUCAUGCUAAAUUGUCAAACAAUGCUGGCGGUUCUUAAUAAGCCACCAAAACAUUUGAAACAAUUUGUUGCUCAGCAUUUCCGCGACCAUGCAGAGAGCAUACUGAUCGCUUGCAAAUCUUAUAUCGAUCCUAGCGCGCUGAAGGUCGAUAAGCAUGCUAGCAGUAAGGAUGAAUACGGCAUAAAAGCUGAUGACUCAGAAUUCUCCACUACUACUCCAAUCAAAGAAGAAUAG